AGCAUUUCGUGCUACUUUUGACAGCAUUAGAGAAACUCUCUGAGUGUGUGGAGCAUUGUCCUCUUCGUGACCGGAGUAUAGUAGCAUCUCUCCCGUAUCUAGCCUUUGUUGUCCAGCUUGGGACCAAUGGGUUUCUCUGAUUCCCAGUACUGCCUAGUUGUAUCUCCUCAUUUCCGUUGCUAUUUGACUGAUCUUCCCGGUCUCCCACAUUGUUCGGACGUUCCAUGUACCUAUAAAAAUUGUUUUUCUGGUUGUUAGAAGGGGCAUCGGCCUCGUUGCUUCCGAAGGAACUCGGCUUUCACCUUGAGGCGUCUUAGUUCUUCUAAAAGAAGACCUAACUCUCAGGGCAGAGUUUAAAUGGUUUGAAUUAUUAUUUUCUGGUUAUCGUUUUUUAGUGAAUUAGUUUUUUACGGGAUGGGGUCGCUAACCCGAUGCAUAACCUUCCUCGUUUACCCGGGCUUGGGAACGGCAGUAGCUCUAGAAGAGCUACAGGCGGAGUUAAAUAUAGGUUUACAAUGCGAUAAAUAAACACGAUAGUAACUUUAUACAGCGUUCAUAUUUUGAUUGUUUCUUUAUAAAUAUGAGUGUAACUAUGGUCAUAUUGCAACUUUAGUUGUCGUUUGACAUAGCCCUACUGAAUACGUGGCAUUCAGCGUCGUAACUGUAGUGUUCCGCGCACUAGUCUGCUUUGUGUCGGACAAUAGAUACUGUAAUCAAAAAUUGUUGGUUAUAAGUGUUUUGAAGUUUUGGCGAAUUGACUGUUGUAGAGUAUCUAUCAGUCAGUCGGCAACAAAGUAGAACUUCGUACGUACGUACAUCAGUUCGAGUUACCAUACCACAUUAACACAGAGAUGCAGUUGCCGAUUCAAAUCCCAUAGUGGUAGAGGUAGUAAGAAUAUAAGCAGUAGUCGGGAAGAUUAGGGUUUGGAGAUGUUAUUUAAAGAGUAUAAUCCAGUGAAAUAAAUUUGAAAAGAGGGAAAGAGGAACACGGAGUAUUCAGAAGACUAUAAUUUGGGAAAGCACAAAGAGUGGAUGCACCUACGCCAUUCCAAACGAUUUCGAGCAAUGUCAUUCGGGGUCUCUAGCCAUCGGUUGCUAUCAUCUCGCGAUUCCCAACCAGGUAGUCUACACCUACCAACAUGACUCAGUCCACUUGUCAGUGACUUCAUGGACUUGUGCCAUGUUUUGGUCUGGCCGCCCCUAGCUUUCUUCCAACCUACUCCUACACCAUAAAACAUCUCACGUCGAGGCAGUUGGUGGUUGAGCAUACGUAACACGUGUCCCAGACAUCUCAGCUGAUGAGUUUUCACUACUUCAUUCAUCGAUUCACCAUCCUUACCUAGUAACCGUUUCCUAACAACUGCAUUACUUACUCGAUGGUCCCAGGAUAUACGAGCAAUGUUUCGAAGACACCUAUGACCGAAUACUAGUAACUUACGUAUAUCCUCUACUCUUACCGGCCUUGUUUCAUUGCCAUAAAGUAGUAUGGGACGAACUGCUGCACAGUAAACACGUCCUUCGGUUGAUAGACGGAUAUCUCACCUACUCUAUAAAUGACGCAAGUUGGCAAGAGCUAGCCGAGCCUUCUGUAUCCGUGAAGCGGUAGGCACACUCAACUACUUCAUUCCCUAUCAUUAGUUCGGGUGUCGAUGCAACCCAGUCCUGAAGCAACAUUUUGCAUUUCGAGGGGGAGAAUCGCAUGCCGAACGUGCUUGCAUUGUUGCUUAGAGUGGUCAUAAGAAUGUAUUUUGUCAGCGUCUUCACCAAAUAGAACUGUGUCAUUGGCAUAUUCUCUCUCUCAACAACAAAGUUAAACGAGAAUGGAGAGAGUGGACAGCCCUGAUGAACACCACUUGAGGUAAUCAAUUCUGAUGACAGUUCGCCAUAAGCUCUUACUAGGCCUGUUGUGUUCGAGUAGAGCAUCUAUAUCCAACAGUAAACAUGUUUUGUUUCUGUUUCACGCACUUUUACCUUAUUGAUUUCCAUUAUUAAUAAUUCCAAACUUAGAUUUCUUGUUGUCUCUUUCGCAACUACUGUUAUAACGUUUCUUGCUCAUUCAUCCAUCUAGCUACUCUCAUAAUUAGCUCUAAAAUUCGGAUUUUUGAAUCCUUCUUCAUCAAUGUCCUCAUAUGUCCAUGCAUUUAGUUAUGAACUGUAAUACAGGUCCCACAGACCACGCGACUUUUAAGUCGAUUUAGGUGUACUGAGAUUCUAAGCAGUUAAAGAAUGUCGAGUUCGUACAUCCAUUCUUUUUUCGAAAAUUAUUAUCUGUAUGUAAGCUUUUCACUGUUAUUUCUUUCACUCUACUCGAUUUGUCUUGCUUUUGUCUCGCUGUACCUAUUGGUGUGAUCAGGUUUUCUGUCGUUGCUUACGACUAAGUUCGUACUUCAUUAAAUAAAGCCUCUUUUAAUUACAUAGUAAUGUAACUCAUUUCUCUCGUUUUCACAUAACAACAUCCUCUUUCUGAUACAACCACAUGUCAUUAUAGUCUUAUAACUCGAAGGUUAUUUUAAUAGAUGUGGAUGAACUUCUUUACUUUUUGUCCAAACUGUCGUAACCCACUCCUAGCUCCUCUAGUUCUUUUCACUUUCUACUUAUUUUGUUGUGUCACCUUUUAACUAUAUGUAUAUGUAUACGAUAUUUACUAAUUUUUACAUCACUUUAUUCUUAGCGAAUAAUGCCAAGGAUGUAAAUGACAGUGCGACACCAUCUGAAAUAUCAUCUAUUACUUACCCAGCCGGUACUUUAUUUUCACCUAUGAAUACAAUGACCGCUGUAAUGUCAACUGGAACUGGAAUGGGUGGUUGUAGUGCGUUAUUGGUUCCUCUUGUAGCUGGUAGUCAUGGGACAACUUUAUUACCAUCUAAUAUGACUCCUGUUUCAUCUCAUCUCUCUGUUGUUGCUGAUCAUUCUGUUUUGAUGAAUACAAAUACUACACCUUUAACAAGCAGUUCAAUAAACUUUGUCCCUUCCAGUGGUUCUAAUUCCGUCACAAACUCUACCAUAGUUCAUAACACUCCCGGUCCAAAAUCAAAUAUUAAAAUUCCAACAUCCAAUUCCGAAUUGAAUGGGCGAUUAAGGAAUUCUAAAGAUUCAGUUGAAAUGAAACCAGAACCACUUGAUUGUUUCGGACGAGUUACCACUGGUGCAGCAGAAGAUCUUUUAACUUCUGGAUCUCAAAAUGAAAUAAAUGCUGUAGGUUUUCCGCAAUUAACUUCAAUCGCACCUUUCGCAAUACCUUCCACUUCCAUGGCAAUGAGUACUUCAGUGUCUACUUCACCAGUUCAAGUUACACGAGUUAGUGGAGGAAUCAUAACAUCUAAUUCAACUGAUGGUAACAAUCCAGUACCUACUGAAACUAUUAUAAGUUCAAAUUCUAAGGCAUCUACGGGCUCUGGACCCUAUCGUUGUCGGGAGUGUGAUAAAGAAUUUCGAAUAUUACGUUAUUUAGAGAAGCAUAGACGUAUUCAUACGGGCGAAAAACCGUAUCAGUGUUGCUACUGUGGUCGUCAAUUCAACGACUGGCCAAAUAUGAAUAGGCAUAAACGGAUUCACACGGGGGAAAGGCCUUACCGAUGCACGGUAUGCACCAAGACGUUUUCACAACCAGCUGUUUACAAUGAACAUGUGAAGCGACAUACUGGUGAACGUCCUUAUAUUUGUACAGUUUGCGCCAAAGGAUUCCCUCGAGCAGCUCGUCUGGCCGUUCAUAUGCGCGUUCAUACAGGUGAACGUCCUUAUCCAUGUACGUCUUGUGAUAGGAGAUUUAGUCAACCACAUCAUCUUGCCGCCCACCUUCGUGUUCAUAGUGGUGAUCGGCCAUACUCUUGUCCAAAAUGUGAUGUCAGUUUUGCAUGUAUUUCUAAUCUGAGACGCCAUCGGAAGCAAGUUCAUCCAACGAGUCCUGUUCCAAAUGAUAAUGCAGACGGCAGUGAUGUAAAGAGUGGAAAUGAAGAGAAAAAGCCAUCACUCCAAAUUAUUACGUCUACUGUUUCAGAUAACAAUAACAAUAACUCUUCUUCCGUUAUGACUAUGGAAACACCAUCCUAUAUUGCUUCGUCAUCGAAUUUAACUUCUGAUGCUCCUGUUGCGAUCGCUGCCGCAAUGUCAGGGACUGUGUUAACAGCAACUGGUGCUCUAGUUCCUGCUAAUUUCUUGCCUGCAUCGUCAGUACCUGGACUAAUUCUUACAUCAGGUGCUCCUGGUGCUUUAAUAGCUGCGCCAGCUCAUUUAACUGAACCACAUUCUCAUCUUCAUCCUACCAUUAUUGCACAUAAUUCAGGUGAGGGAAAUACAUCUCUACUAACAACAUCUAUUUCUGGUGGUCUUUGUUCCGUUACUCAACCUUCGUCAUCUCUUGCAAAUUCAUCAACUGCCUUAAGUGUUCAAUCAGAAGCACUUUUAAAAGCUAGUUCUUCUCCUACAAUGUCUUUUAUGUUUCCAACUGUCCUCACUUCAACUCCUCAUCAUGGUGAUGCACUCAGACAAACUUCAGUUGCUUUUCUUACACCAACAGGUGAAUUAGAUCGAUCAUGUACUGCUACUUUAGCUACUGCUGGACCUGAUGGUGGAUUUAUAUUGAAUUCUGUUGGUGGAGAUACUGUCUAUUUAGAACCGUUGGAUCCUCGACUCACUCUAGAACCCGGGCAACAGUUUACUCUAACCUCUAUUCCCACUUCUCAUCCACAGGGAACAAUUAUUAAUCCACAUCACUCAGCUGCACAUUUAGUGGGUCAUCAGGUUCAUUUACAGUCGGGACAGGCAACACAUAUUGCUUUUGCAACUAAUAUACCAACUCAUGGCCAUCAGGCUUCACAACUGUUAACCUCUGGUUCAACUAUAUUUCCUAAUACAGCACCCAAUCAGGCAGCAAUUCACAGUGGUCAUUCUUCUGCAACAGUUAUUUUUCCUCCUCCUGUUUCUGUCCCUCACUGCAGUUUAUCUAGUCAACAACAAUCGGUACUUCAAUCGUCUACGGAGGUUACAGCUCCUUCUCAGUUGUUACAUUAUCAUAGGCCAAUUAACACUACAGGUGUUUUACCAGGUCGUCCUUCAUCUACACCUACUCAACAGCAAACAGCAAUGCUUGUACCUAUAGUACAUACACCACCGGUUAAUGUAACAUCCAGUCUACCAAACUCAACAUCUAAUACAAAUGAGUCAGUUAACUCAACUCCUCUAACAACAACAUGGCCUGUUAGUGGUACGUUUUUAACAUUCGCUUCCUCACAUCUCUGUCCUGUUGCUUCGUCCACUGUUAUGGAAGAUCAUACAGAUUCAUGUGCCCUUACCAAUUCUCGUCCUUCUUCUGUUCUGUCAAACUCCUCUUCUCUGGGUGCUAUCACUGCUGUCUCAGUACCAGAAACAAGUUUAUAGUUAUUAUUUUUUUGUUUCUCAUUCCGUUUAAUGACAUUAUUUACGUGUUCUUAAUCCAGUUCUUUGUGUUAUGUAUGUUUAUUCACAUUAAAAUUAAUUGUGUUAUCCGACUUUAGUACUUUUAUACCAUUCUUAUUAAGUAAAUAACAGCAGUAGAGGUACUUUCUAUUGAACAGCAUGUCUACUGGUGACCUCCCUCCUUGUACUUACUACCAUUUAUUAUUUCAUACUCGUCUUUUUUUUCAACGAUAACUUGAUAUUUGAUUUCGGUAUUUUCAUCAUCAUGGUAUGUGUGAGUGUACAAAUUAGUUUUGUUACGUCGUGUAUGUGUGUGUUCAAUGUUUAGUCAUUGUUAUUUGCUUUUAUAUUUUCCUAAUUAGCUAGUCUGAUGUAAUAUCAAAUUCUUCUUCUUACUAUAUCUAUUUGAAUAAAAGAGCAAACAUUUUAUAGUUACUAGCUGUGUUGACUUUAUUUUACACCUUCUACUUUGUUGUCAUGACAAUUUUUUUUUCGUAAAUAGGAAACAAAACAAAACUCAAUGAAACAUUUACUAAUGUGACCGUCAAAUUCAUCUUUAUUACACCAACACUACAUGCGUUCUUAUCACUCAAUGAUUAGUAUUGUCGUUCUGAGUAGUAUGAUUUUAAUUACUAAUUGUUUCUUUUCUGGUUGUUGUUGUUGUUGAUGAUGAUGAUGGUGUGUGCGUAUAUGCUCACAUAUAAGCGUUUCUCUGUUUACAUGUUUAUGUAUACAUCAUAUAAACUAAAUUCAACCUUGAUGAAUGUAGAUAAAAGGAAACAUUUUGCUUUUCCCCCCUACAUUAUUUCAUCGUUAAUCCAUAUUGUGUAUUGUAUAAAAAUAAACUAAUAUACUUUUUUUUUCUCAUUUUAUUUCAUUAAUUUAAAAGAAAAUUUCGUUUGUUUGUUUGUUUUUUUUUCUUUAUUUUUCAUGUGUUUAUUUUGGUUUGGUUUUUUUUGCCGUACAAUUGACAUUUCAAUAAGUGUCAUUUUCUUUUCCCAUUUCUUUCUUUUCUACAUUUCUUUUACACUUUAUCACCUUUUUUUCUCUCUCUCGCUUUCUCUCUAUAUAUAUCGAAUAACUUUUGUAAUCUGCACUAACCAUAAAUAUAUACAAAUUUGCACAUACAUGUGUGUACACACAGUGGCUUUGUUGUUAUGCGCUCUGAACACACAUGUUUAUGUACAGAUUGGGUUUUUUUCUCUCUGGUUUUGUUAAUUUAUUUUUCAUUUAAAUAAUUUAAUUCAUUCUAUUAAUAUGAAGAAAUACAACUUUGACCUCUGCUCCUAAAAUAUUAUUAUUACUGAUAUUAUAAUUAUUAUCAUAACAUUACUAUUAUUAUCAUCAUCAUCAUCAUUGUUAGUAACAACCAACUCGACCAUCUUCAUUGAGUACAUUUAUACAAUAACAGUAAUAAUGAUAACAACAUUAAUCUAAACAAAUGAAGAAUCUAACGAAUGUUAUUUUAUAUAUCUUUUUUUUUCCUAGUGUUGAUAUAUGUCUGUCCUUUGAGUGUAUAUGUGUAGGUUUACCUACCUACUAAUACUACCAGUAAUUACUCUGUGUAUUAAUUAAUUAAUUAUUUGUAUCUAAUUUCCUUAAUAUAUCGUAAUGAGAAAUGUGAAUUAUGUUGAAAACAUAUAUUGAUGUUCCGUGUACUGACAAUCAUCAUGACUUGAAAUCAGAG